AUCCAUCCACCCAUUCAUCCAUCCAUCCAUCCACCUAUGCAUCCAACCAUCCAUCCACCCACCCACCCAUCCAUCCACGUAUGCAUCCAUUCCUCCAUCCAUCCAUCCAUCCAUCCAUCCAUCCACCCACCCACCCAUCAACCUGUGCAUCCAUCCAUCCAUCCAUCUAUCCAUCCAUUUACCUAUCCAUCCAUCCACCCACCCACCCACCCACCCACCUGUCCGUCCAUCCAUCCAUCCAUCCAUCCAUCCAUCCAUCCAUCCAUCCAUCCAUCGAUACAUCGAUACAUCCAUCCAUCCAUCCAUCCAUCCACCUAUGCAUCCACCCACCCAUCCGUCCAUCCAUCCAUCUAUCCAUCCACCCACCCACCCAUCCACCUAUGCAUGCAUGCAUGCAUCCAUCCAUCCAUCCACUUAUCCAUCCACCUAUGCAUCCAUCCAUCCAUCCACCCAACCACCCAUCCACCUAUGCAUCCAUCCAUCCAUCCAUCCAUCCAUGUGUCCAUCCAUCCACCUAUCCAUCCAUCCAUCCAUCCAUCCAUCCACCCACCCACCCACCCACCCAUCCCCUAUCCAUCCAUCCACCUAUCCAUCCAUCCAUCC